AUGAGUGAAAGUAUACCAAAUGACAAGCUCAUUGCAAAGAAUAAUAACAACGGUCGGAGACGUAGGCAUACCAGUAUUGCAUGUGUGAACUGCUCCAAAUGGCACGUUUCCUGUGAUAGUAGUAGACCCUGUAAACGGUGUAGCCAAAAGGGGUUGGCCGCAUCAUGUGUCGAUGCCCCUAGAAAGAAGUCUAAAUAUUUGGUGGGGAUCCCUAACAAUGCAUUGCCGGAGCUAUUUAGAGAUGACCGGUCGCAAUCUUUAAAUGGUAUUAGUACAUCGAUGAGUUUUCUAUCCGAUGCUGCAAACUCUGAGUACUCGAUGUUGGAGACAAUUACUCAACCAGGAGUACAAUCGGCAAGCCAGCCUAAUUUUCAAAGCUUAUUAAGCAAUCAGCAGCAUGGUGGAAUGAUCCAUGGUAAUAGACCGUCUAUGACAAUGGUGAUGGGGAUGUCACAAGGGUCCGCAUCUGCACCCGGCUCCACAACAGCUUUGCCUUUACUUUCUGAUGGAAUUAAUAAUUUACGUCCAAUACCAACACGCGCAACGACAAUUUCUGAAACUGCAUUAAAGAGCCAUGAUAGUUCAAGUACGGCAAGCCCCGAACAUAGUGUUGGUGUAGAUCAUCUCAUAUCGUCGAAUUCAAGCUCGGCAGUACAAAUCACCCCUUCACAGGGUCGGAAUGCAUACACAAUGAUCUUGGGUCCCAAAUCACAAGAUAUUGUCAGUUCCCAAAUUGAUCUUAUGAAAAAUUAUUUCCCUUUAAUUCCUGUUAAAUUGCAAAAUGGUUCCAGUUCACUCGAUUUCAAGAGACUUGUUCCCGAGGAUCCCGCAGUGAAAGGUACAGAUAUGCAACGGAACGUUAAGAUUAAUCAAUACUAUUUGAAUAACAAGACUGUGACGUUUCCUGAGGUACAACGUAGUUUCGAGCCCUUAGUGAAAGGCCACGACGCAUCGUUUGCGUUGGAGUGCAUCUCUCCAGAGGUGGUCCAAAUAUUCGCGAACCCAGAAUGGUCUCAUUCAUUAAGGUAUGCUACCCCGAUGGAAAUAUAUACUCAGAUAAACAUGCCAUUUUCACAUACAUCGGGUUUCCAUCAUUUAUUAGUUUAUCUGAAGGGGCGAUUUAAUCAAGACGAUGUUGUGGAGAUGUGUCGAUCUCUUGCUGAAUUCCGUCCAAUUUUCAUUGCCUGUUCGGUGACGCUGACAGAAGAGGACAUGAUCUUCAUGGAGCAGGUGUAUCAACGGACGUUAUUGGAGUAUGCCAAAUUCAUCGAAUUAAGUGGGACUCCGACUUGUGUGUGGAGACGUAAUGGUCAAAUCUCAUAUGUGAAUGAGGAAUUCGAGAUACUGACAGGAUGGAAACGAGAAGAAUUAUUAAACAAAUUGACGUUUGUGGUAGAGAUCCUUGACGAUGAGAGUGUUCGUGAUUAUUUCAAGACAUUUUCCAGUAUCGCAUACAAAGAUUUCAAAGGUUGUGAGCAAAUGAAAGUCUGUAGAAUUUUGACACCGAUCGAGGGACAGGUGGUUCAUUGCUCAUGUCUUUGGACGUUGAAAAGAGAUAUCUCGGGACUCCCACUGAUGAUUCUGGGUAAUUUCAUGCCUAUUCUGUCUGAGCAAUGA